AUGAAUGCAAGCAUUCUUACCAAGGCGGCGGCCCCGGGCCGUCUGCUCUCUCGUCGUAUUCCUCGACAAUCCAAGCUCAAGGAAGCUGUUGGCAAGCGCGCGAACAUCCACACCGGUCCGUUCACAGUCCGAACUACGAAGUGUCAAUCUCCCCGGGUGACAUGCCAAGCUCAUUCAACCAAGCGUGCAUUUCACGCAACAUCCACCGCCCUUGCACCUAGCGAUCCGUACAAGACGCUGGGCGUCGACAAGACCGCCUCCGCAGGCGACAUUAAGAAGGCCUACUAUGGCCUUGCAAAGAAGUACCAUCCCGACACGAACAAGGAUCCCUCCGCCAAGGAGAAGUUUGGCGACAUCCAAAGCGCAUACGAGAUUUUGUCCGACCCCAAGAAGAAACAACAGUUUGACCAGUUCGGCGCUGCUGGCUUCGACCCCAGCGGCGGUGCGGGCGGUGAUCCAUUCGGCGGUGCCGGCAACCCGUUCGGCGGCGGUUUCGGCGGGCAAGGUGGCUUCGGAGGCGGUUUCAACUUUGAUGACAUCUUCUCCGCCUUCACCGGGGGCCAGGGCUCGCCCUUCGGCCGUCGCGGCGCCCGCAACCCGUUCCAGCAGGAGAUUCUCGUCGGCGACAACAUCGAAGUGCAGUCGAGCAUUUCUUUCAUGGAGGCUGCUAAGGGAACGAGCAAGACGAUCACCGUGACACCCCUGACGGAGUGCGGCACAUGUACGGGCAGUGGCCUGAAGCAGGGCACCAAGAGGUCGCAGUGCGGCUCCUGCAACGGUACGGGCACGAGGGUGCACUUCAUGAACGGUGGCUUCCAGAUGGCGUCGACAUGCGGAACUUGCGGCGGCACGGGAACGACAAUUCCUCGCGGUUCCGAGUGUAGGUCCUGCGCCGGCAACGGGGUAGUCCGGGAACGCAAGACCAUCACCGUGGACAUCCCCGCAGGCAUCGAAGACGGCAUGAGAUUGCGCGUCGACGGCGCCGGCGACGCCCCGGUCACUGGCAAGAACGCGGAACCCAAUAUUCGCACGCAGAAGGGUGACCUGUAUGUCUUCGUCCGCGUAGCGUCGGAUCCCAAGUUCAGACGCGCGGGCUCCGACAUCCUCUACACGGCCACAAUCCCCAUCACGACGGCCAUGCUCGGCGGUGAGGUCACGGUGCCGACGCUCGACGGAGAGGUCAAUGUCAAGGUGGCCACGGGCACCAACACAGGCGACAAGCUGACGCUCUCGGGCAUGGGAAUGAAGAAGCUCAACGGACGGAGGGGCGGCUCGGGAGACCUCAAAGUUGAAUUCCGUGUCAACAUGCCCAAAUAUCUCAGCGCGAACCAACGGACUCUGGUGGAGAUGCUGGCGAACGAGAUGGGUGACAAGACAGCCAAGAGGAUCAUGAACGUCACUCCCCAGGGAUCCCAACCAGCUUCGCCGGACGACUCUGAAAACCACAAGAAUGAGGGAUUCCUCAAAUCCAUGUGGCACACACUGACAAACCAUCCCGCCCACCAGAAGGGCUCCGAGACUGACGCCAGCAAGUCUUCUGACGCCAAGAGCGACGAGAAGAAGGACGAGUCCAAGUAG